AUUUCAGGUUCUUCCAUUUGUCCGAAUACCUCCUCCGGUCUCUUUCUCUCUCCUCUCUCCUCUCUCCUUGCCUUUUUUUUUUUUGGUUUUUUGGAUUGUCUUAUCAUGGUGGAAGCAAGAGGAAUCAUCGAUCGAGGCAUCCCAGAGCUUUGAAUCACGAUCUUGGAUCUGGAGUUGGGAGGAGGGAACGGGUUGAUGAGCGAUUCGAAGGCGAUGGAUCUGGAGAAGACGGACUUCUCGUCUGUGGGGAAGGGGACGGCGGCAGCCCCUGCUUGCUCGAUUUGCCUCGAGCUGGUUUUGGAUAAGGGGAGGAGAUCCACCGCUAAGCUCCAAUGUGGGCAUGAGUUCCAUCUAGAUUGCAUCGGGUCAGCCUUUAAUGCAAAGGGAGCAAUGCAAUGUCCAAAUUGUCGGAAAGUUGAGAAAGGUCGGUGGCUUUAUGCAAAUGGCAACCAUUCCUCUGCUGAUUUUGAUAUUGAUGGCUGGGUGACUGAGGACAUAUAUGAUCUUGGUUACUCUGAGCUGCCCUUUGGAUUUCAGUGGUUGCCUUUCCGCGGAUUUACUCAACUGGCAUCAUUAUUCGAGGAAGCGGAAUCAGUCCCGAGUUUUUAUCAUGAGUUCAUGGGUAACUCCAUGUUCCAAGACCCUACAAAUUCUUCAACUAGCUCACAUAUAUGCCCAUACUUGGCCCUACACGGCUUUCCUAAUGCUAUGCGUGCUGCACCAUUGAGUUCUGCUGAUUCUGUUCCCGAUAGUGGUCUAUUUCAUCAGCAUCCUGUUAGCUUGGGGGCACAGUCAUCUUCUGAUAUGAUGAACUCCCACAGUUUUCCUGCAACUGAGCCACCACAAACCCACAGUUGGCAGCAACAGCACCCUCUUUCUUUUCCUUUCUCGGGAAAUGCAGAUCAGUCUGCAUCUCAAUAUGGUGUCAGGAUGUCGAGAAAUGAUACUGGCAACCAGCAUAGACUGGGAUCUUUUGUGCAUCCCCAUCCUCUCAUGCAUGGGUCUGUCGCACGCAGUGGAAGCAAUUUAGUCGGAUCAGUAGGCCCACCUAUGACAGGAGAGGUUAGGGGUCACAAUAGUGGUCUCGGCAGUCACAUGUAUCAGCCAUCGUUAUUUUCCUCAUCACUCCUGAGCUCCCCAUUCACUCCCAUUAGGAGGAUGAGACCAAGGGGAGUAACCCUUGUUUCCUCAGUUGGAGCUCCUUCCUCAGCUGAAGUAGGGGGGUUUUACGGCUUCUCAGUCUCUGGAUCCGUAAACAGAAAUCAUCAAGAAGGUGAUAACCUAGGUAGACAUGUUGAUCGGUUUUAUGGAUGGGGUAGAGAUGGCAUCAGCCCACUGCCAUGGAUUCCUGUCGAGGGUGAGUCUCAUUGGUGGGGCCCUUUCAACCCCAGUGAGAGCCCUGUGCCAGGAGGCUUCACUCAACGAGCUACACCUGAGAGGGCCACACACAACUGUCCAGAGAACGGUUACCAGCAAAUGCCGCCUCCAGGGUUGCCGCCAUACAUGUGAGACAUGCCACCAACACACAACAGGCUUCAAGAUAUCCUGUCUUUUGGUUUUGCACAUCCCCCCCAUAUCGCACAAAACUCUGUUUUGAACAGGGGAACUGUGCUCAUGGCAGUUCUCGGUGGGACAUGGUGGUGCUGCUAAGGUUUGCUCCUGCAUUGCCCUUUACCAGGUACUGGGCUGUUCAUUUUGCUGGUUUUGCUCUUGAAUGACAUAUAUAAGUGCCAAAACAAUGCUGGAAACAAGAUCUAAGGUGUUGCUUGACUUCUAUUUAACAUAAAUCCCACCUUUAAGCCUGGUGCUGAAUCCAGCCGAAAUACUUGUUCCAUCAUGUAAUGCAAAUUCUGUGAUUAUAAAGAAUUCUGUGGCAAGGGUUUUCUGCUCCUC